UAUAUGUAACAUUGAAUAUACAUGUGAUAGGAAAAGAAAAAGCAUUCGUAAAAAAAAAUUCAUGAAAUCUUCAACUUUCUGUUACAGUGUAGCGGCCACGCGGUACGAUGUUUCGCUGGUGGUCCCCGGAAGAGCAACGAGUCUCAAUGUCCAAUGCUGCAGAAGAUCGAGAAGCCCAUCCUCUCCUCGUCCACGACGACUACGCCACCGAUGGUGUCGACCAAGUCGACGAUUGUGAGAAACCACCUGAACAGUACCUGUAGCGUGACGAAUUCGCCUCAUCAGAAGAAACUGAGGUUCCACUUGGCGAAAGAGAGGAAGGCCAGUACCACGUUGGGAAUUAUAAUGAGCGCCUUCAUCGUCUGCUGGCUACCAUUUUUCGUGUUAGCCCUAGUCAGGCCAUUCCUCAAGGAUCCAGACGCCAUCCCAGCAUUUUUAUCCAGCCUGUUUCUCUGGCUCGGUUAUUGCAACAGCCUAUUGAACCCUAUCAUCUACGCGACCUUGAACAGAGACUUCAGGAAGCCAUUCCGCGAGAUCCUAUACUUCCGCUGCAGUAAUCUGAACCAUAUGAUGAGGGAGGAGUUUUACCAGAGCCAAUACGGCGAUCCUAUUAACAAUUGCGAGAUCAAAGCCGGCGAGAUGGACGAUGCUGAGCGUCUCAACAAUCAGGGUAUCGAGGCGAUCGAUAUCGCCACGAGCGCUCCAAACGAGAGCUUCCUGUGAUCUCGGGGUAAUGUCGAUCGCCAAGCCGAUCGCGAAACCCUCGAAACGAACCUGGACCGACCGUGAUCGAUCACUCAUCGUCAAAAGACCCCUGUCACGUUAAUAGCCGAUCGAUCUUCUCGGUUUCGCGAACGAAACCGAUCGUAGAUUAUUUCGUAAGUUGGUAGAUAACUAACUACUUUCGAUUUUCCAAUAACUGGCUACUCAGUGGACCUGUUGUUCGUCGCGUUACCAUGUUGCUCGAGGAAAUCAAAAUACUCGACCAGUUUAACCGUGACGAAUUGAAGAUCUAAUUUCUAAGAAGAACUUCCCUCCGAAUUGAUUUAAGUAAACGUUAUCGUCACUGUACGUUCGAUGAUCAUGCAUGUUAACGUAGAAUCAGCGGCUGCGAUCGAUUGCGACUUAGAUCAUUUGGGACAAGUCUAAGAGUCUGAACAUCUUGUCCCCGAUGUAUAUUUGCUGUUUUCAGCUGGAUCGAUCCGAAUUGUCUCGUGGUCAGACGUCCGAAUAGAGCCUCGUGGAAUCUGUUCUGUUUCGUAGUAAGGAAAGAAGUCGUCCCAGUACUGUCUCCGUGGAGUGACAGGCGCAGAGCAAGAACUCGUGU